AUGGCCGACUGCAAGGACCCCAAGAUCGCCGAGGCAUACGAGCUCGUCCGUUCGGACAAGGACGACUCGAACUGGCUGCUCCUUGACUACGAGUCGGACCGCUCGGACAAGCUCGUGCUCUCGGCGACUGGCUCGGGUGGCCUGGACGAGUUCAAGGGCAAGCUUGACCCCGCCAAGGCCUCGUUCGGCUUCAUUCGCGUCAAGUACGCCAACGACGAGCACUCGUUCCGCGAGAAGUUUGCCCUUGUUACCUGGAUCGGAGAGGGCGUGAAGAUUAUGCGCCGUGCCAAGGUCUCUGUGCACUCUGCCGACGUCAAGAACGUCAUCCGCUCGUACUCGAUCGAGAUCUCUGCCUCCAACCUCCACGACCUUGACGAGGAGGAGGUUGUUACCCGCCUGCGUCGUGCCGGUGGCGCCAACUACGACCGCAGCAACUUUGACUAA